AUGAUAAAGGCAGCGGACCUUGUGUGCCCUGAGAAAAAACAGGCUUUUGCCAGUAUUAGCUUGUCAAGAAAUACUGUGGCUGAAAGAAUUGAGGACAUUGCAAGAGACUUGAACCGUCAGCUGAAAGACAAAGUUAAGACAUUCAUUGCUUUCUCUAUAGCACUCCAUGAGAGUACUGAUAUUAACGACGUAGCUCAGCUGGGGUUAUUUAUUCGUGGAGUUGAUGAAUCUUUGAACAUCACGGAAGAAUUUGUUGAGCUGGUUCCAAUGACAGACACGACUACUUCCAACGACAUUUACUCCAGCCUCAUUGGUGCCCUGGAUAGACUGGAGGUUGACUGGAGUCGCGCUGUUAGUGUGGCAACGGAUGGCGCUCCAUCCAUGGUCGGGAAAAGGGCAGGCGUUGUGACAAAAUUAAAAGAAAAAAUGCAAAAAGAGAACCCAACCCAAAAAAUCUGGAAUUUUCAUUGUAUUUUACACCAGGAAGCAUUGUGUAGCAAAACCCUAAAGAUGGACAAUAUUAUGAAUGUGGUAAUAAAAACUGUUAAUUUCAUCAGAGCAAAGGGGCUCAACCAUCGGCAAUUUGAGGCCUUUUUAUCUGAAAAAGAUAUUCCUCACAGUCUACCCUACCACACCGAAGUUCGCUGGUUGAGCAGGGGAGCCGUGCUCAAACGUUUCUUUGAACUGCGCUCAGAAAUCAGUCAGUUCAUGAAAGACAAGGGAAAACCAAUGACUGAGCUGGAUGACCCCGAGUGGGUUCGUGAUCUUGCUUUUAUGGUGGACGUAACCGAGCACUUAAAUGUGCUCAAUACUAAGAUGCAAGGCCGCAACAAAGUCGUAACUGAAUAUUACGACUGCAUUCGCGCAUUUGAGAUGAAACUAGAUCUGUGGGCGACACAGCUUUCCCAUGGUAACCCAGCUCAUUUUCCCUCUUUAAAAUCUGUGCACACCGCUCACGACAAAGACAACAUGGACAGAUACAAAGAAAAAAUUGUUGGUCUGCAGAAUGAGUUUCAGAAUCGCUUCCAGGUCUUCAAUGAACUUGAGAAGGAAUUCUCUCUCUUCCGUUCACCGUUUACUGCGAGCGCAACAGAUGUACCGGAGGAACUCCAAAUGGAACUAAUCGAACUGCAGUGCAACACACCUUUGAAAGACAAAUUCGCAUCAGUCACUGUGGAUUUAUUUUAUCAAAACCUCGGACCGACGUUCCCCAAAAUGACAGGUUUUGCGUCCAAAAUCCUCAGCAUGUUCGGGACUACAUAUCUCUGUGAGCAGGCAUUUUCUGUAAUGAACAUUAACAAGUCCAACCUGCGCUCUCGACUCACACACAGGCUGUUUGGCAACUGCUUCAUCAAAGUCUGA